AUGAUGGUAACAGAACCUGGAAGUGAAUUCUUCGGAUCCUGUUAUGUUAAAAUUACUGACGACCGUGCGGUCCUCUUUCAAAAUGAGCCCCAUCGGUGCAGGACUCGUGACAGAAGGCGCCAUUGCCGUUUGAAACAUGUUCAAUGCGUCUAUAGCAUUCGCCUGAUUCACCACCGAAACUCAUCACAUUGGCGGCAUCAGUCUGCUGUGAGACACGCAUUUCCUCUUCCUUCCUCUUCUCUCUUUCAUGCUUACUCACCUUCUCCUCAUGAAUUCUUGAGUAUGAAUGAACGAAUAAAUGGUAAACUUCCGUUUCCAAAGUCACAAAACCCCAUUGAGAUAAGAGGUCGCACCACGUUAGGAGGGGAUUUCAUAGCCCCUCUGGCGGCACCCCAAGGUUCUUUUGAUCUUACCGCCACCAACGAUGGGCCAAACAUCCGUCCACGUGUUAUUGUGAGGAUAAUUCCCACUCCUUUUGUAUAAAGUCGUGGUGGUGGUGGUGGUAUCACACUAAGACAGAAGCAACAUAGCGAUGAUUUAUCACAACUGGCUAGUCGACUUGAAAAGAGCCGCCGCCGUCAUGGUCCAGCCGCGGCCACUUCUAAGAGAUGUCAAAUGUGGACAUACGUCUGA